AUGCCAUUAUUACAUUACGAGCCGUUUGAUUAUCUGUCUAAUGUCGAUAAUGAACCAACUGAUGAGGAACUGAACACGGUUAAAGAUUUGAUAUCUCUGGAGCUCAAAUCUAUGAAAAAUUUACAUCCCAAGGUUGCUCAAAUGUUUCCCUCAAUUCCAUCGUCAAUCCAAAGCAUCUUAGAAGAAAUUGAUAGUCUUCAAGAUAAAAUAACAUUCACAUUCAACGGCAUAAGCGAAUCAAGAUACCAGGAAGCUAAAACAAAUGAUCAGUUAGAUACCCUGAUCUCAUAUACAGAGAUUCAUCAUCGUUCCCUGGAAUUAUUACGAGAGAAUACUCGCAAUCUUUAUUUGAUCAACAAUUCACAGUUAGAAAUUCUACAAGAAGGUUUAAAUACAACGAUAGCACACAAAAGAAAGCUAGUUGACCGGAUUAAUAGCUCACGUAAGAGGCAACAAGUUGAUUUUAGACCUCUGAACGAGCAUCUCAACAAAUCAUGGAAAGAGUCCAUCAAAUCUAGUGUCGAUUACGGAGUGGAAUGUGCCAGAAUAGAAUUAGCGUCACUAGACAGGUGA